UGGAGAAAGGGCGGGGCUUGUGUUGCUGUGGCUGAGGUGCGUGUGUGGGCUUGAGCUGGCACUGGGGGAGGAAGGUGCUGGAGGAAAGAGGGAGCCGGCUCAUUGGGGGGUACCGCCGACACGCAGCAGCUUGAGGAAAGUUCCUGAGAAAAACAAGCUAAAGAAGAGAUUAAGAAGUAUUUAAGCCAAGGUGCCACUGGCCGAUGGCAAUGACGCACAGCACGCACAUCUCCAAAGAUGAUCUGGAGGAACUGAGAGAGGCAUUUGCCAGAGUUGACCUUGAUGGCAGUGGUUACAUCUCGGAUUAUGAGCUUCAUGAUCUCUUUAAGGAAGCAAACCUUCCCCUUCCCGGAUACAAAGUGCGGGAGAUCAUACAGAAGCUGAUGAAUGAAGGAGACAAAAAUAAGGAUGGAAAGAUAUGCUUUGAAGAAUUUGUUUUUCUUGUACAAGAAUUGAAAAGUAGUGACAUUGCCAAAACAUUCCGAAAAGCUAUAAAUCGCAAAGAAGGGAUUUGUGCAAUAGGGGGCACAUCUGAGCUGUCCAGUGAAGGAACCCAACAUUCAUAUUCAGAGGAAGAAAAAUAUGCCUUUGUAAACUGGAUAAAUAAAGCGUUGGAAACGGACCCAGACAGCAUGCAUGUUCUACCUAUGAAUCCAAACACAAACGACUUAUUUAGGACUCUGGGAGAUGGCAUUGUCCUUUGUAAAAUGAUCAACUUGUCAGUUCCUGACACCAUUGAUGAAAGAGUCAUUAACAAGAAAAAACUGACUGCAUUCACCAUCCAGGAGAAUUUGAAUUUGGCCUUGAAUUCUGCCUCUGCCAUAGGGUGUCACGUUGUCAACAUUGGAGCUGAAGAUCUUAAAGCUGGGAAACCACACUUGGUGCUGGGCCUUCUUUGGCAAAUUAUUAAGAUUGGUUUAUUUGCAGACAUUGAACUCAGCAGGAAUGAAGCUCUGGCUGCAUUGCUUCGAGAAGGAGAGACAUUGGAAGACCUCAUGAAAUUGUCUCCAGAAGAGCUGCUCUUGAGAUGGGCAAACUAUCAUCUGGAUAAUGCAGGCUGGAACAAGAUCAAUAAUUUCAGUUCUGACAUUAAGCUUACAGACUUUGGUCCGUCUGUCAAGGACUCAAGAGCCUACUUCCAUCUUCUCAAUCAGAUUGCACCCAAAGGACAGAAAGAGGGAGAAGAGAGAAUUGACAUUAACAUGUCUGGCUUCAGUGAAAAGGAUGAUCUGAAGAGAGCAGAGUACAUGUUACAGCAGGCAGACAGGCUGGGCUGCAGACAAUUUGUCACGCCUGCUGAUGUUGUUAGUGGAAACCCUAAACUAAACUUGGCUUUUGUUGCUAACCUGUUCAACAAAUACCCAGCACUUACCAAACCGGUGAACCAGGACAUUGAUUGGACAUUGCUAGAAGGAGAAACACGGGAAGAAAGAACAUUCAGAAACUGGAUGAAUUCCUUGGGAGUGAAUCCACAUGUGAAUCACCUGUAUAAUGACCUACAAGAUGCACUUGUCAUAUUGCAGUUGUAUGAUCAGAUCAAAGUUCCAGUCGACUGGAAUAAAGUGAACAAGCCACCAUACCCUAAACUUGGGGCAAAUAUGAAGAAGCUUGAGAACUGCAACUAUGCUGUUGAUUUGGGCAAACAUCCUGCAAAGUUCUCUCUGGUUGGUAUCGGAGGACAAGAUCUGAAUGAUGGAAACCCAACAUUGACUUUGGCACUGGUCUGGCAGUUGAUGAGAAGGUACACAUUGAAUGUCUUGGAGGAUCUCGGGGAGGGACAGAAAGUUAAUGAUGAAAUCAUUGUAAAUUGGGUGAACCGAAUCCUUGCUGAUGCUGGGAAAAAAACCUCAAUCCAGAAUUUUAAGGACAAAACGAUCUGCACAAGCUUUGCAGUAGUGGAUCUGAUCGAUGCCAUCCAGCCAGGCUGCAUUAAUUAUGAACUAGUGAAGGGUGAUGACAAUCUUACUGAUGAAGAUAAACAUGACAAUGCCAAAUAUGCAAUCUCAAUGGCCCGAAGGAUUGGUACUAGAAUAUAUGCUCUCCCAGAGGACCUAGUGGAAGUGAAACCCAAGAUGGUUAUGACAGUCUUUGCUUGCCUGAUGGGCCGUGGGAUGAAAAAAGUGUAAUUGUGCCAUGAAGACAGCAUGUGGUAUGCUGGGGUUGAACCCUUGCACAAUUUGGCAGUUUACACUUGGUUUAGGAACUGCUAAAGGUGGCAAGACUUUCAGGUUUGCUUUUCCAACAUUAGAAGCUUACCAUUUCUCAGGAAGGAGCUCUAAAUGCCGCAAGUGCUUUCUUUCCCAGAUCACCUUCAAGUUCACACCAAAAAUGCAUUCAAACUCAGACUUUUUUUUCUCCCCUUUUAAACCCUUUACUAUCCGAUCCUAUGUCAGUGUAUUGCAGUGCAGUCAAAUGUUAGGAUCAUGUGUAGUGAAGGAUUUUAUAUACAAAGUGCUGACCCCAUCAUUUCAAAUGGUAACAUUUAUGCUGGAUAUCUAUAGUCUAACACUAAAAUAUGCUCCGUGUCUUUUGUUCAUUAUGCCUGUUUUUUGUGUGCUCCAUAACUUGGGGAGGAAACACAAGCAGAGGGAUUUUUAUUCUUAAAGUGCAUCUUAAUUCCUGGUUUCAUCUCUGUGGGUUAUUGUUAGGGCUUACUUUUCAGUGAUUUACAAGUAUAAUAUUCAGGAUGGAUAGAAGCAGGCAUAUCCUGGCAUCCAUGUUGCUUUCCUCUCGAGCAUAUGGCUGAUAUUCUAUAUGAUGAGACUCAACUUCUUGUUUUGAUCACCAGAUCUAUUCCCUGUUGUAAAAACCUUCAUUGUACAUUUGAGUUAUGCAGAACUUUUAGACACUAGCAUCAUUUAUUUUAUCAGAACUGUAUAACUAUAAUGCAGAAAUAUAACAAAUGUACCAGUUAUUGAGUACUCAAUGGAAGGAUCUGUAUUUUGUGAAUAAAGCAAACUGUAACUUUUACAAGACCAAACCAAGAUGAAAUAUCUGCAAAGUACAUUUAAGUCUUUCUGCCAAUUGUUAACAAAAACUUUGUAAACUGAUUUCUGUGACUCCUUUUAUUUAAGCCAGUCUGUCUUCAUUUACAUUCUGCUAAUCAGUAAUGGUCCAAGCAUUGUUACUAUUUAACAGCAAUAAGUAUUUUUGUACUCUCGUCUUCUGUUUAGUAUUCCGAAUGAAUGCAUUUUUGUCUGUCUCUUGUUUCGAAGCAUAACCACAGAAAAUAUUUUUUUUUCCUUUUUGUAUAAGGCCUGCAUGAACAUUAUUCAUUUUUUGUAACGAUUUUUAUUUAAAGUUAUGUUAUAAAAAAAAAAAAAAUCCUGUUUUAUCUGGAAAAACUGGUUUCAUACAAGCCACAGACCGAAAAAAAACUGCACAUGGCAGGAAGUUUCAUAUCUCUGCAAAAAAAAAAAAAAGCGCCAAAGAUUGAUUGAAACCUCUAUAUAAACAGGUAUUACUAUUAUGGCUUUGGCAGGCUGUUUGCUAGUUUUAAAGACCUUGCUGCUAUUUUAAGCUGUUUCAAGUAUGGUGGUAUAAACAUCUAAUAAAACGUCAUUCUCCGCA